GAGGGUAUUCAUCAGACUACAUUUUACUCCGACACAAGAGUUUUAUAUUUUUAAACUUUUCUUUAAAUAAUAACUAAAGGAUCAAAAUGGACGUUGACGAAUCACAAGACCCUGGGACAUCACAACAUCAGAGGUCUCCAAUUAGACCUGUUGGAAAUUCACCUGGCCCUUCUACACCAGAACCACAGGAUCAAGACAUGUCACCAUCUAGGCAUACCAAAAAAGAACCGAGCAGGCCAAAAGCGCCAAAAAUAUCGCCAUCCAAACGUACUAAAUCAGGUUUAGUUCGGCCGCCUACACCAAAAAAAGCGCUUUCACCAACGAGAUUCUCUUCUCGACCAACAUCACCAAAAGCAGAGGGGUCACCAUCGAAACUUGUCAAGUCAAAGUCUCAACCUUCAUCACCAAUAGGAACGUCACCGACUAAGCGUUCUUCUCGAACACCAUCACACUCGCCAAAGAAAUUUAGUAGGACAGCUUCUCGACCAUCACCGAAAAUAACGGUGUCCCCAAGUAAAUCUCCAACCUCACCUCAAUCACCACAACUAGGCCAAUCAUCAGUUAAAUAUCUUAUGAGGGGUUCAUCUCUGCCAGCGACGUCACCUGCUAAAAGUAUUUGA